AAAGUUUAGUAUUCGCCCAGGUGAGGUGAGGUGAGGUGUCGCGGCACGCCCUAUUAUAAAGUCCCCAGGCUCUUCCGAAUCUGAUCGAAAGCCCACAGCUCGAACGAGAAAGUGGGGAAUUUGAUACAGGAAGGGAGACCGUAGCUUGUCAAAUCAGAAACACUGUGAAGACCACCAUCGCCUCUCCCUCUCUGUUUUUCGUUUUCUCUCUCAAUCACACGUGAUGGUUCUUAACUUUCUUGUGUAGAGAUCACCAGUCUACCACCUCAAUCAGCUGGUUCAAUUCAAUUCAAGGUUUCUAUUUCGAGCCGUAAUUUCUGUUCAAGCAUCUGUUUUUCGGUUGAAAAUUGGAGGGUUUCACGUGCUUUCUCUCCGCUGCUUUGAGUGAUAAAUCACAGAGCGCGAGGCAGUUGAACAGAAGUGGAGCAGAGAAAGAGCAGAAAUGGCGGCAAGGAACUUAGAGAAGUUGGCCUCAAUCGAUGCACAAUUGAGGUUAUUGGUUCCGAAGAAGGUGUCUGAGGAUGACAAGCUGGUGGAGUAUGACGCUCUGUUGUUGGAUCGGUUCCUUGACAUUCUUCAGGAUUUGCAUGGAGAAAAUCUCAAAGAGACGGUUCAAGAUUGUUAUGAGCUUUCAGCAGAGUAUGAAGGGAAACACACCCCCAAAAAAUUGGAGGAGCUUGGCAGGGUGCUGACUAGUUUGGAUCCUGGGGAUUCCAUUGUGGUUGCUAAAUCUUUUUCCCACAUGCUUAACUUGGCCAACUUAGCUGAGGAAGUUCAGAUUGCUUACCGACGAAGAAUUAAGUUAAAGAAAGGGGAUUUCGCUGAUGAAAACUCUGCAACAACUGAAUCAGACAUAGAAGAGACCCUCAAGAGGCUUGUGGUGCAACUGAAGAAAUCCCCAGAAGAAGUUUUUGAUGCAUUGAAAAACCAAACAGUUGAUUUGGUUUUUACUGCACAUCCUACUCAAUCUGUUCGUAGAUCUCUGCUUCAAAAGCAUGCAAGGAUACGGAAUUGCCUGGCCCAGCUUUAUGCCAAGGACAUAACUCCUGAUGACAAGCAGGAACUUGAUGAGGCUCUACAGAGGGAGAUACAAGCUGCAUUUCGUACGGAUGAAAUCCGGAGGACUCCUCCUACUCCACAAGAUGAAAUGAGAGCAGGAAUGAGUUACUUUCAUGAGACAAUCUGGAAAGGCGUUCCAAAAUUUUUACGUCGUGUUGACACAGCUUUGAAAAACAUAGGAAUAAAUGAACGUGUUCCUUACAAUGCCCCUCUUAUUCAGUUCUCUUCUUGGAUGGGUGGGGAUCGUGAUGGAAACCCAAGGGUAACUCCUGAAGUCACAAGGGAUGUAUGCUUAUUGGCUAGAAUGAUGGCUGCUAACCUGUAUUUUUCCCAGAUUGAGGAUCUUAUGUUUGAGUUAUCAAUGUGGCGAUGCAGUGAUGAACUUCGUGCUCGUGCUGAUCAACUUCAUCGAUCAUCAAAGAGAGAUGCAAAACAUUACAUAGAGUUCUGGAAACAGAUUCCUCCAAAUGAGCCCUAUCGUGUUAUUCUUGGUGAUCUGAGGGACAAGCUGUAUCAUACACGUGAACGCUCUCGACAAUUAUUAUCUAGUGGGAACUCUGACAUUCCAGAGGAAGCAGCUUUCACCAAUGUUGAGCAGUUCCUGGAGCCUCUUGAACUUUGUUACAGAUCACUUUGCUCUUGCGGUGAUCGCCCAAUUGCUGAUGGAAGCCUUCUUGAUUUCUUACGUCAAGUUUCGACUUUUGGACUUGCGCUUGUUAGACUUGACAUCCGGCAAGAAUCAGACAGGCACACAGAUGUCAUAGAUGCUAUCACAAAGCACUUAGGCAUUGGAUCCUACAAAGAAUGGUCUGAGGAACGCAGACAAGAGUGGCUCUUAUGUGAACUCAGGGGUAAGCGUCCUCUUUUCGGCCCCGAUCUUCCCAAAACUGAAGAAAUUGCUGAUGUAUUGGACACAUUUCAUGUCAUUUCCGAGCUUCCCUCGGACAACUUUGGUGCCUACAUAAUCUCAAUGGCAACUGCCCCUUCUGAUGUACUUGCUGUUGAGUUGUUACAGCGAGAAUGCCAUGUGAAAAAGCCAUUAAGGGUCGUCCCAUUGUUUGAAAAGCUUGCUGACCUUGAGGCUGCUCCUGCUGCUGUUGCGCGUCUGUUCUCAAUAGAUUGGUAUAGGAACAGGAUUAAUGGGAAGCAAGAAGUCAUGAUUGGGUACUCUGAUUCUGGCAAGGAUGCUGGUCGUCUCUCUGCUGCUUGGCAGUUAUACAAGGCUCAAGAGGAGCUUGUAAAGGUGGCAAAGCGUUAUGGGGUGAAGCUUACAAUGUUCCACGGCCGAGGUGGGACAGUUGGAAGAGGAGGGGGUCCCACCCAUCUUGCUAUUUUGUCACAGCCAUCUGAUACGAUUCAUGGGUCUCUUCGUGUGACAGUUCAAGGUGAAGUAAUUGAACAGUCAUUUGGGGAGGAACACUUGUGUUUUAGAACACUCCAGCGUUUCACAGCAGCUACACUUGAGCAUGGAAUUCAUCCCCCAAUCUCACCAAAGCCAGAAUGGCGCUCACUCAUGGAUGAGAUGGCAAUCAUUGCUACUAAGGAAUACCGUUCCAUAGUUUUCCAGGAACCUCGUUUUGUUGAAUACUUCCGACUAGCAACACCAGAGCUGGAGUAUGGUCGGAUGAACAUUGGUAGCCGGCCAUCAAAAAGAAAGCCAAGUGGGGGCAUUGAAUCACUUCGUGCAAUCCCAUGGAUCUUUGCUUGGACACAGACAAGGUUUCAUCUCCCUGUCUGGCUCGGCUUUGGGGCAGCAUUUAAGCAUGUAAUUGAGAAGGAUCGAAGGAACCUCCAAAUGCUUCAAGAAAUGUAUAAUGGGUGGCCUUUCUUUAGGGUCACAAUCGACUUGGUUGAGAUGGUGUUUGCCAAAGGAAAUCCUGGAAUUGCUGCUUUGUACGACAAGCUCCUAGUUGUGGAAGAUCUCUUGCCAUUUGGAGAACUUUUGAGGGCCAAGUAUGAAGAAACAAAAUGUCACCUCCUCCAGAUUGCUGGGCACAAGGAUCUGCUUGAAGGAGACCCAUACUUGAAGCAACGACUCCGUCUUCGUGAUUCAUACAUCACCACACUUAAUGUCUGCCAGGCCUACACACUGAAGCGGAUCCGGGAUCCCAGCCUUUCUGUGAAGGUCGGGCCACAGGAGCAAAGGGAAUCGAGCAAUCCUGCUGCAGAACUAGUGAAACUCAACCCUACGAGUGAUUAUGCUCCUGGCCUCGAAGAUACCCUUAUUUUGACCAUGAAAGGUAUUGCUGCAGGCUUGCAAAACACUGGGUAAUGCAAAGUCAUUUGGUGUUGAAAACUCAUGAUGUUACAGUGUUGAUAAAUCACGGUCUACCUUCAGUUUUUAUGUAAGUAUGAUGCAGAAGCAUGCAGGAUGCUCGUCAGUGGUCUGAACUGUCAUCUAAUGUUCACCCAACUAGAUGUUGCUUUUAUUAUACGAAUAAAGUUCUUGUUUGUCCGAUGAAAAAAA